AUGGUGUGGCAGGAGAAGAGUGUGCUAAUUGUUUCAAUGAUACAAAUGUUCGAUGUCAAUGGGGCGGAGGUAAGCGUUCGUAAAUCUAACAGAAAAAACCGCAUCGCUUUUCAGUGGGGAAUAUGCUACAUUCCACAGAAGACAGGAGAGGAACUCAAUACUGAAGCCAUCAAAUUAGUCCAUUGUGGAACACGUUGUGUUCGACGGACCUACGACGCUACGAUACUUAAGGUUAUUCGAGAUGGAGUUGAAAGAAAGUUACUGCACAUCUGCUUCUUCUCCUGGGGACACAAAGGAACACCGCGUAGACCGACAGAAUUACUUAAUUUUCUAGCAGAUAUCAAUUUCAACAGAGAUUUGCUUUUAAAAGAAGCUAUUACCGCUGGCUGGUUGAAAGCAAAUGAAACCAGUCCCCUAGUCGUACACUGCCUUUCGGGAGCAGGUCGAGGAGCUACUCUGAUUGCCCUAGACAUCUGUAUGAAAAAGAUGGACGAUACAGCCGGCAAAUCUUGCGGAGUUCUAGUAGAUGUAGAAGAUGUAGUAUUGCGAAUUCGGACUCAGCGUGCUAUGGCUAUGCAGAUACCCGAGCAAUUUCUAUUCCUACAUCUCGCCGUAUUCGAAUACGCUGUUCGGCAGCGGUACAUCACAGAUGAAAUCUACGCCGAAAUCGGAGUUGAAAAUUACUUCUAUGAGCCACGCGAGACUAAAACCGAAGAACCAGAGCAAAGCAGCAGGACCGGCAAAACUCCAAGGAAGCGUAGCAAAAGAAUGGGCCCUAGCCGUUAA